AGAGGGAGAGGAAGAAAAGGAGAGAGAGCGGGAGAGAGAGAGGGAAAGAGAGAGAGACAGAGAGAGAGAGAGAGAGAGAGAGAGCAGUAAGAGUAGAGGCAUAGAGGGACCUAGGUGAGGUCAGAAAGAGGGGAGUGAGGGAGAGGAAAAAUACAGGAUUAGGUAAAUGUAGUGUGUUUGUGUCUGUACAAAUGAGUGGACUCUGCAUGGGGCCUAGGAGCAUUUGGAUCAAGUUACCCCUUCAGAUGGAGACAACCUGAUACAGGACCUACAAUACUUUACCGUAUCAGUGGAUUUACGGAGUGCUGGAGGAAGGUCCUGAGCCUCAUAUGAAGAUCCAUGUAGGAACUGUAGCAACUACACAGACUCACGCUCCUUCCUACCCCACCUCUCUACACAGCCUACAGCCAUGGAGGGCCAGGUAGAGGAGCUGAGCCAGCAGCUGGAGAAACAGACCCUGAUCAACCAGGAGCUGCAGAACCACAACAAGGACCUAGAGAGAAGACUGCAGGAGAAGGAGAAGUUGCUGCAGGACCUUCACAGUCAUUACCAUGACCUGGAGUUCCCUGCUCAGAGGAGCAGUAAUGAAGGGGAACCGGAGGUCAGGAAGAGCCGAGCAGCUGUCAUGGCCCCUGAGCCAAUCCCAGAGGAGCAGCUGGAGAUCAUGAAGACCAAAGUCAAGAAGACCGUCAGUGAGACAAGUCUGAUCGUCAUGGCCAUCCAGAAGAACGACUUCCUGAGUCGCCUUGAUGAUGAGCAGAUCACCAUGAUGGUGGAGCUCCUGGUGGCUAUCGACUUCAAACCAGGAAAUGAUGUCAUCAAGGAGGGUAGUGAAGGAGACAGUAUGUACAUCGUUGCAGAGGGUGAGCUCUAUGUCAGUCAAGCAGGUCGUAACCUUCGAACCCUGACCUGUGGGGAUGUCUUUGGAGAGUUGGCUAUUCUGUAUAACUGCAAACGCACUGCCACAGUCAAAGCUAAGACAGUGGUGAGUCUGUGGUGUAUGGAGAGACAGACGUACAGAACCAUCAUGACCAACAAGUCCAAGAAGAAACGUGAGCAGAUAAUGGGCUUCUUGAAGACGUCUCGGACUCUGAACACCCUGAAUGACGUUCAGCUCUCUAAGAUCAUUGACUCCAUGGAGGAGGUGAAGUACCAGAACAAUGACGUCAUUGUGCGUGAGGGUGCAGAGGGCAACACAUUCUACAUCAUCCUUAAAGGAGAGGUCCAGGUGACUAAAAAGGUGAACAGGCAGCAGAAACAGAUUCGCAGGAUGGGCAAAGGGGAGCAUUUCGGGGAAUUGGCCCUCAUACGUGAGAUCCAGAGGACUGCAACCUGCACUGCUCUGGGCCCUGUUACCUGCUUCUCCAUCGAUAAGGAGGUGUUUGAGGAGACGAUCCCCAUUGAACACCUGGAGCUCCAUGAUGACUCUGAGUUCCUGGAGGAGCCAGAUGCUCCAGAGAAGUCCAGUCCUAGUUCCUCUCUGAGGCUGAAGGACCUGAUCCCUGUGCUGUACCAGGAGGGGCGCUACCAGGGAGAACCUGUCACCCUCGGAGUGGGAGGAUUUGGUCGCGUUGAACUGGUGACCACGCUGCACCAUGGGAAGUACUUUGCCAUGAAGCGGGUUAGUAAGAAGCACAUUGUUGCUAAGCAACAGGAGGAGCACGUCCUGUUUGAGAAGAGGAUCCUCAAAGCCAUCCAGAGUGACUUCAUCGUCAGGCUACAUUAUGCCUUCAAAGACACUCGCUACAUCUACAUGAUUAUGGAGUUCUGUGCAGGAGGGGAGAUCUGGACCAAGCUCAAAGAAGUUGGUCGCUUCGAUGAGCCAAUUGCUGUGUUCUGCACUGCCUGUGUAGUAGAGGCCUAUGCCUACCUCCAUAAGAAGGACAUCAUGUACAGAGACCUCAAGCCUGAGAAUCUGAUGCUGGAUGCCAAGGGCUACGUCAAACUGGUGGACUUUGGUUUUGCUAAGGAGUUAGUUCACGGUGAUAAGACCUACUCAUUCUGUGGUACUCCUGAGUACAUGGCCCCAGAGAUCAUCCAGAACCAGGGACACGACUUCGCUGCUGACUUCUGGUCCCUGGGCAUCCUGGUCUAUGAGCUGCUGGUGGGGAGCCCCCCAUUUUCCAGUUCCGAGCCCGCAAAGAUCUACCCUAAAAUUUUGGAUGGGUUGCUCAAGUUCCCCCCUUACAUGGGCGAGGGGGCCAAGUCCCUCAUCAGUAAACUGUGCAGACCUCGGCCGGGUCAGAGGCUGGGAAACACCAAGAAUGGGAUCAAAGAUGUCCGCCAUCACAGGUGGUUUAGUAGUAUGAAUUGGCACAAGCUUCGCGUGGGCCAGGUGGAGGCUCCUACAAUCAGACUCAUACACAAGGGUCCGUGCUACAUCAACUUUGACCGCUUCCCCUUCGACCAGGCUAAGGCCGACGAGGAGUUCUCGGGCUGGGACAAAAACUUCUGACUCCAACCAGAACCAGAACCUGAACCAGAAACAGUCCAAGAGGGUCAGAGUUCAGAGGUCACACCGGGGCUCACUGAUAGGUGGAUCCAGACCAGAUUACUUAUUGGUGACCUCGAUGUUCCCGUUACCAGAGCCAUAGAUACACAUGGAUAGGUUCUGACUACUUUGUAAUAAGGCUCUAAUUUCACCAUGCUGGCUUCACAGAACCCUCUGGUAAAAGAUACUGUACAACACUGAGGUAUGAAGUCAAAUGUGUGAAUAAGAACAGCCACUCAUGCUGUCUUAACUUGACAUCUUAACUUGACAUGUGCUCACUGAAAGCUGUAUGUGUGUGUUGUGCCCAAAAGAAACAACCCUUGACACUCCUUGUACUGUGUAACUCAGGAUGGCAUUGUCAUUGCAUUUACUGUGUUAGUGUCUAUGCCUUGUAGCAUAUACUGUCUGUGAAGAAUACUAAAUGUAUGUGUUUCACUUUCAAAUAAAUAUAAUGAGCCCUAAAUAUACAUAGAGAACAGGUGUUGUAGUACAACAUGUCAACACUAGGGGGCUGAAUAGGAAGGAACACUAUCUGCUCUCAGCACAGCACAGUGUGUCCUCAAUGUCUGAGUCCUGUAAUGUAAUUUAGAACCGACAGCAGGUUUUGUAUGGCGUGAUGUACUAUGUAUUAUUCAAACAUCAUUACAGUGUCUGUUAGAUUGACUAAAGCUCUUUUAAGUCAUCAGUCCACUCACGACAAACAACUCUUAUCAGGAAGGAAAUACAAAAACAACAAAUCAAUCUCCUGGGGCUAUGCCUAAUCUGUGAUGGUGGCCUGAAGUACAUCUGUUUUCUAUUGGAUUAAAAAGGCGCUGAAUGAUUGAUAUGAUUGGUCCAAGGGCCGUACACAUUGUCAUUGACAAUAAUACUAUUAUGAUAAAUAAUAUUUUUGAUAAGCUGCCAACGACAGCUUUCAGUGUUUGUUACUAUUGUUUUUCCUUUGUGUGUAUCUGCCAGGCUGUCAUUGUAAAUAAGAAUUUGUUGUUAACUGACUCGCCUGGUUCAAUAAAGGUUAAAGAAAUAAUAAGCUAGAUAAAAUAAAUCUGUAUGGAUCCUGA